AUGCAGAAUAUCUCACUCACUGAAAAUGUCAAAGAGAUCAUCAAUAAGUUGCGCAUCGUCGCAGCAGACUCGGACGCAUGCGAGAUAUACAGAAACUCGAUUGGCUGGCAAUAUGGCGGUUACAAAAUUGAAGCUCAGCUCAACCAUUUGAAAGAUGAGUUGGAGAAGAAGAAGAAAAAGAAGACGAAGAAAAGCAACAAUUGCAAGGUGGCUGAGAUAAAAAUGGUCCGUUUCCUUAAGAACGCCAACGUUAUCAACCCGACGAACAAUUUGAUUCUGAUUCCGGUCAAUGGCGACGCGCUCUUUGGGAACGCGACGGUAAUACCGGAUGAAGGCUAUUAUACUGAUGAGGAUCAACGACCGUUGUAUGGUUGUGGAGUGGAUGUUGUUAUUGUCAUUCUUUCUAGGAAGUAG